UUCGCACUUUUUAACACUGCAGAAUAAUUGGACGCGCCACAACUUGCGAGGAGUUCUGUUGCUUAACAUCAAUUACAGUCACAAAGGGAAGAGAAGAAGAGAGUAAAAAAGGACUUGUAUCCAGACUGAGCAUCUUUCUCACUAUGGAGAGGGGGGUCAGAAUUUGCCCAAUCUGGCACACUAGCGUUUUUUGGUUUCUGCUUUUGAUAAUUAUAUCUUUCUUUCUAGCCGUUAAAUCAGAGAUAACUUGCAGAUCAUGUCAGCGGGGAGAUAAGGGGCGUAUUAAGGAAUUACUGCUUAAAACGGACACACGAGAAUUCGCAACAGGGUACGGAGGGGAAGUUAUUGGAAAUGGAGCCGGGGCAACUGCUCCACCGAGUUUAAAUUCUGCAAGUGCCGAAACUCGACAGCUUGAUUGCGCAUCUGGGUCCGAUGAAUGCAUCCAGGGGAAAUACAUCUACUCAAGGCGAAAACGGAAUACUGACAUGCUCCUCGGUUCCAAGACCGCACUACCUGGUGGAGGAAUGCACUACGGUGGUGGUAAACAGAGAGAAUUCACCCGGCGCGGUGAGUACAAAGUUUCCAACCUGAAAAUGAACAUUCAUGCAGGCAAGACAGAUCUCGGGAAGGCUCGCGAAUAUUUAAUUCCCGGCAUCUCACACAAGCCCCGAGUUCGUAGGAACAGCCCGAGAGCUAAUAUUGGGGAUGAUAAAGUGAAGUCAUCCGGAUCACCCCAAAGAAGUGAGACGCUGCCUCUGAGUUACUCGCGAGAGGGCAUCACCUCACCGGCUGGGCGCAGCAGAGUGACACGGUCCGAAUUGCGAUGGAGCACCGAGGACAGGAGAGCGGCCAGUUCGAGGCAGGACGAACUCAAACUCACCAGUUCAACCUUCGCAUUGACCGGAGAUUCCGCUCACAACCAAGCCAUGGUGCACUGGUCUGGGCAAAAUAGCAGUGUGAUUCUCAUGCUGACCAAGCUGUUUGACUUCAACCUGAACAGUGUCACAGAGAGCUCGUUGUGGAGGUCAACCGACUACGGAACCACUUACCAGAAGCUCAAUGAGAAAGUGGGGGCGAAAACAAUUCUCAGCUACUUGUACGUCAGUCCCAACAACAAGAGAAAGAUCAUGCUUCUGACUGACCCGGAGGUGGAAAGCAGCCUGCUGAUCAGCUCCGAUGAGGGAGCAACCUAUCAGAAGUACCGCCUCAGCUUCUACAUCCUCAGCCUGCUCUUCCACCCCGAGCAGGAGGACUGGAUCCUUGCCUACAGCCACGACCAGAAGCUGUACAGCUCGGUGGAGUUCGGAAGGAGGUGGCAACUUGUCCAUGAGAGGGUGGCCCCCAAUCGAUUCUACUGGUCGAAAUCGGGUUUAGACAAAGAACCGGGCUUAGUUCACCUGGAAACCAUCAUCUCCGAAGGACAGGCGCUGUACGUCACCUGCAAGCUGCAGAACUGCACCGAGGCCAAUAAGGGCAAGCCGUUCCCCGGCUACAUUGACCCCAAUUCCCUUGUGGUGCAAGACGAGUAUGUGUUUGUCCAGGUGUCAACUGGUGGGCGUCCAAUCUACUACGUGUCAGCCAAGCGGGAAGUCUUCACACCAAUGAAGCUACCCAAGUACACCUUGCCUAAGGACCUGCAUGUGAUCAGUACGGAUGAGAACCGGGUGGUUGCGGCGGUGCAGGAGUGGAACCAGAACGACACCUACAACCUGUACGUGUCAGAGACUGGAGGGGUAUUCUACACCCUGGCCCUGGAGAACGUAGUCAGCAGCAUGGGGCACGAGGGCAACGUCAUGAUAGACCUGUAUGAGGUGGCGGGUAUAAAAGGGAUGUUCCUCGCCAACAAGAAGAUGGACAACGUGGUGAAGACCUAUAUCACCUACAACAGAGGGAGAGACUGGAGGCUACUGCAGGCUCCCAUUGCUGACCUGAGGGGCAACAGCAUCCACUGUGAACUACCAUACUGUUCUCUACACCUCCACCUACAUGUGUCGGCCAACCCCUACACGUCGGGGAAUAUCGAGAGUAAGGACUCUGCACCGGGGAUCAUUGUAGCCUCAGGCUCAAUCGGAGCGGAGUUGACCACCAGCAACGUGAGCAUGUUCAUCACCUCGGACGCCGGCAACACCUGGAGACAGAUCUUUGAUGAGGAGUACAGUGUUCUCUACCUGGACCAAGGAGGGGCUCUGGUGGCUAUAAGACACACUCCACUCCCCAUCCGACACCUAUGGAUGAGUUUCGACGAGGGGAGACAGUGGAAUAAAUACAGUUUCACCAUGUCGCCCCUGUUUGUGGACGGGUUACUAGGGGAGCCGGGGGAGGAGACUCUCAUUAUGACGAUCUUUGGCCACGUCAGUCACCGGUCGGAGUGGCAGCUGGUGAAGAUUGACUUCAGGUCCAUCUUCAACCGGAGAUGUACAGAGGGGGAUUACCAGACAUGGCACCUACACAACCGGGGCGAGCCGUGCAUCAUGGGAGUGAAAAGAAUCUACAGGAAGUUGAAGCCCGUAGCCAGGUGCGUUAUGGGUAAGACGUACUCGGUGACGAUGACCUCGGCGCCCUGCGACUGCACAGAGGCCGACUUUGAGUGUGACUAUGGCUACGAGAGGCGGAGUGACGGCAAGUGCACCCCCGCCUUUUGGUUCCUCCCAUCGUCCAUGUCUAGAAGCUGUACCACAGGGACUACUUUCAUCAACAGCACUGGCUACAGGAAGGUUGUGUCCAAUAACUGCACAGCGGGAGUGAUAGCAGAGUACAUGGCCAGGAGGCAGCACUGUCCUACCCAGGCCCCCAAAGGCCUGCACCUCGUCACCAGUGAAGGAAAGCUGACAGCUACGCUGGGCACCAAUGUCACCUUCCUGGUGUUUCUUGAAGAGGGAGACGGAGCCAGGACGAGCAUCAUGGUGGACUUCGGGGACGGUCACGCUCUGACCUACUCCAACGUGAGCUCCAUAGAGGAUGGGAUCAAGCACAUCUACAAGGCUGUGGGGAUCUUCCGUGUGACCGCUACAGGAGAGAACAGCCUGGGGUCGGAGAGCGUGGUGCUCUACCUCCAUGUCACAUGUCAGCUGGAGUAUAUCCAUCUCUCCACUCCCUUUGUGGCUGUGAAGAGUAAGGAAGUCAACCUCACCGCUGUGCUGUGGCCUAGCCAAGUGGGAACAGUCACCUACAUCUGGUGGUUCGGAAAUAACAGUGAGCCGAUAAUCACCCUGGAAGGGAGCGUGGCGUGCACGUUCUCCCGGGAAGGCGUCAACACUGUCACCGUGCAGGUGUCCGCUGGGAACGCCAUCCUGCAGGACCGGAAAACCAUCGCUGUCCACGAAUAUUUCAGGUCACAUCUACUAGCCUUCUCAUCUAACCUGGAUGACCACAACCCCGACGUGGCCGAAUGGAGACUGGACGUCAGCAGAGUCAUCAAGAACUCCAUGGUUCAGGCCACGGGGAUGAGCCCGGAGCGGCUCCUUGUCACCGUCCUACCUGGGUUGCCCACGGCAGCAGAGUUUUUCAUCCUGCCAGACAAAGAGUUAACGGAGGGCAAGCCAGAGAAGAACUCAGCUCAUUUAGACCAGCUCUCUGAAAUCUUGCUUAGCGCCCUCAACCAAAACUUGGUCCAGUUCACCCUUCGGCCUGGGGUCCAGGUCACAGUAUAUGCUGCACAUUUGUCAGCAGCGCCCCUAGUGGACACGAGUGAGAACCACAGCGGCUCGGCCAUGCUGAUGCUGCUGUCGGUUGUGGUUCUGGGUUUGGCGAUAUUUGUCAUCUACAAAUUCAAAAGGAAGAUCCCAGGCCUCAACGUCUAUGCACAGAUGCAGAACGAAAAAGAACAAGAAAUGAUACCAAGUCCAGUAAGUCUGACGGAAAGCACCCUGGUGUCCCCGAACACUCCGAGGGAGCUGGUGACUUCUCCGGAGCUUAUGGACACCGAGUUGAACACACGGCCCAUCGGAUGCAUCAAACCUCACGCACAUGUCAAAUUCUCAAAUGAACUCCCCACAUACAUCAACAUUUAAAAACUCUGGACAACUCCGAAAACAGCAACUCCAUUUUGUGUCAUGGACUUCUUUAACCAUUUGAGCAGACACAAUGGUUUUGAGCUUUAUACCUGUGCAUGUUGGACUUUACUGACUUUGCUGACACUUACUGUGCUCUGUGAAAACCAGAAGAAACUGUAUACAGGUUUUUAUUUUAUACAUAAUAUAUGUCUAUCCAAUAAAAAAUAAUUUUUGAUUAAAUGUAUUUAUACAAAGUCAAGUAUGUAACUAGAAAUGGAAAGCCAGCAUGAACUAAAGAAAAACAUACAUAAAAAAACCACACUCUUUUGGUUAGCUUCCUGUAAGUGUCUUACAUCCUUUUGUGCUACUGUGUGUCGCUAACAGCGGUGGCACGCUAUUUAUUCAUAAGAAUAUACUU